AUGGAAUGGUUUCCCAGCGGUGUCUUCAGUCAGGGACUGUGGCUUCAGCGUCACGCAUUCAGUAUUUACCGAGAGCCCUUGGCGCUGCGUGUCCCGGUGCUCGAGCGCCAGUGGCCUGCGGUGCGUGCCUUAGACCCCGGCGCCGCUGGGCUGGCUGACAGCCAGUCUUGCCUCCAGGGAGGCUUAGAAGGAGGCGUGGGCAAGGCAUCUCCAACAGGAAGAUGUGAAUGUGGGAGGCAGGGCCCCAACCGUUUGAGGACAGUGUCACAAAGGUGUCCCGUGGCCCCGUGGGACCCCGGGGUGAACGGAGGAAAGCGCCAACGCCAUGAGAGCUUCCCAAACACGGGGGUUUGUGCGGCCGGGAUCCCGGAGACCGCAGUGCAGAUCCGCCUAAAAGCCCACGGAAGCCUAGGAGCUGGAGGGACGCUGCCCACGAGGGGCUUUCCUGAGCACGCGCGAACGGGGCGCCCGCGGGGGCGGAGCCUGCUGCCUGCGCGCCUGCGCCCUGGGAAGGCGCCGCAGUCCCGGAAGUGCGCCGAGUCCGGCGUAGGUUCUCCGAGAGCCGCGGGCGCUGGGCCGGGCGUGGGCCGCGCCCUCCGGGUCCCGCACGUUCCUCGGCACGUGGCUGAGCGCCAGGCCCUGGGCGCCCUGGAGCCGCCGGCGUCCGUCGCUGCGGCGGUGUUAUCCCUGACCAUCGCCGACGCGUUCGUCAGGGCCGGCGAGAGCCCCGCCCCGCCGCUCCCCGCGCUUCCUAGCAGGUUCAUCUGCUCCUUCCCCAACUGCAGCGCCAGUUACAACAAGGCCUGGAAGUUAGACGCGCACCUGUGCAAGCACACGGGGGAGAGACCAUUUGUUUGUGACCAUGAAGGGUGUGGCAAAGCCUUUGUCAGGGACUACCACCUGAGCCGCCAUGCCCUGCUUCACACUGGAGAAAAGCCUUUUGUUUGUGCAGCUAGUGGCUGUGACCAAAAAUUCAACACAAAAUCAAACUUGAAGAAACAUUUUGAACACAAACAUGAAAACCAACAAAAACAAUAUGUGUGCACUUUUGAAGGCUGUAAGAAGACCUUUAGGAAACAUCAGCAGCUGAAAACCCAUCAGUGCCAGCAUACCAAUGAACCACUGUUCAAGUGCACCCACGAAGGCUGCGGGAAACACUUUGCUUCACCCAGCAGGCUGAAGCGACACGGGAAGGUCCAUGAGGGCUAUAAAUGUCAAAAAGAAUGUUCCUUUGUGGCAAAAACAUGGACAGAGCUUCUGAAACAUGUGAGAGAAACCCAUAAAGAGAAAAUAAUAUGUGAAGUAUGCCAGAAAACAUUUAAACGCAAAGAUUAUCUGAAGCAACAUAUGAAAACACAUAACCCAGAAAGGGAUGUGUGUCGAUGUCCAAGAGAAGGCUGUGGUAGAACCUACACAACUGUGUUCAAUCUCCAGAGCCAUAUUCUCUCUUUUCAUGAGGAAAGGCGUCCGUUUGUGUGUGAACACGCUGGCUGUGGCAAAACUUUUGCCAUGAAACAGAGUCUCACUAGGCAUGCCGUUGUGCAUGACCCUGACAAAAAGAAAAUGAAGCUCAAAGUAAAACAAGCUCGUGGAAAACGGAGUUUGUCCUCCCGUCUCAGUGGAUACAUUCCUCCUAAAGGGAAACAAGGACACGGCUUAUCUUUGCCUAAAACUGGAGAGUUGCUGAACUGCACUGAGGACAAAGUGCUCUCGACAGUUGCAGUACUUACCCUCAGCUAAAUAUUCAGUUGUUCUCCACAGACCAGCCAGCUCAGUUCCAGACCACUGCAUUAAAACAUGUAGUGCACUAAAGCAAGUUGAAAUGCUUUUGCUUGUGGAGGAGGGUCUUGCCUUUGAUUUUGGGGGAAAAAAUGCAACAUCUGUAAAACACCGUAAAGUGAAGCACAAUAAAAUGAGGUAUUCCUGUA